AGUUCCAUCAUGAAGAAGUUGAAUUUCAAAAGAUCAAAGGAAAAAUUCAUCAAUUUUCUGCUAGAAGCCACACAAAAUCAAUCCCAAUGCAAAUACAUUGCAUUCAACUACGUGCAGGGUACGAUUUUUGGUAUCGUACUGUGGAAAUACAUUAUCUUCGAACUUUGCUUUGGCAUCGAUCCCAUUUGGUUUUUGUAUUUUGCGGUGAUAUUGUUUGGAGUUGGUUGUUGCCUGCUUAUUAGUGUUCGUUGUGUUGUGGCACUAUUCUGGAUAGAGUUUCUCGGCAAAACAGGAAUUAAUUUGCUAAAGGCGUGGGUUCUAAUUGCCCUUAUAACAGGCCCUGUCGAAAAUCUCAAAUCGAAUGCAAAGGAAGUGUUUCGGGUGUUUCAAUGCUCGUCCGAAUUAAUGUUCAAUUUAACAAUUUCGAAAGUAACGCUCCUAAGCAAACCCUUCCAAAAUGCUGUUCGUGAAACAUCGUCAAAUUUGUCACAAAUUCAAGAUUCUCUGGACAUGAUCACCGAUGUGGUUAGACCGAUAACCAACGAAAUCGAAACACCUUUUAAUGAGACAGACAUGGAGCGAUUUUCGAACGAAAGUAGACCAGUGCGAACAGUUGACGGUCAGCACACCGAUCCCAAAUUGUUUCAGCAACAAUACGUCAAGAAAAUAAACGACCGGUGCAAGGUUCAAAUGGACAGUGGUACGGUUUUCUGAUUUUAUGUGUUCUUAAGGCGGUGCUUUGCAUUGCACUAAUUGGAGUAGAAGUGGAAUGCAAAGCACCGCGUCAACCUACGGUUUGUAAGUGAAAUUAAAAGCAGCACUUCCGAAGUACAGCGGUCAAAAAAUGCGAUAAAAGCUUUUCGGAUGCCUACGAUCGUUGCUACGAUAAACUACCAUCUGUUGUCAAUACAAUGCUAUGCUGGCCGAUGAAACUCGAUGCACUGUGUAAUGUCCUGAAAUCCGGUGAUACCGAGAAACUGUGCGAUUCGUCGAAUGUUAUCGAUCGGGAUUUUGGUGACUCAUAUGUUGAAUUGAAAUCGCUUGAACAAUCGUUGCAAAAGCAAAAGGAUGACAAAGUCGAAAUUGACACCAACAUAUCGGUCAAUCCGAGUGCUGAGAUAAAGACAAUGAAAGAAAUGAACAAAAAAUUUAGCCAGGAAAUCGAGGACAAAAGUAAGGCAGUCUCAGGAUUCAUUUUUGUGAUUCAGAAAAUUCUGUCGUUGGUGCUGCUCCGUACUGUAUUCGGCGCCUACACGUACUACCGGAAGUACAUGACUAAUAUUGAGUUUGACAAUCGCUUUGUUACGGAGUAUUUCGAGAAAAUCGACUUGAGGAGAAAGGACAAAGGGCUGUCGAAUCUGUUGCCAUUAAAAAAGAUCGAACGGAAAACCAUCACCGUUUCAAAAACCAGCAGAGUCAAACUAACCGAACUGUGGUUCAUGUUUCCCUUCUUGGUGAAGCUGCUUUUCGAAAUCAUAUUUUCCUCCUGCAUUCUAAUAUUUAACCACCUUCUGUAUGUGAGCCUCAAGUCAGUAGCACAACAUGGUGAAAUAACGUAUCAUCAAGAAGGAGAACUGAUCAUCGAAACAUUUGUAAACGGAACCGGAGUGGUGGCUAUGAUGGUGAGACAGUUUCUAAACAACUUCAAUGUAAACGAAAAUGUGUCGAGUGCUUUCAGCAACGUUGAAUGCCUGCCCAGGCCGAACAAACUGUCGAUAUGGCUCAUACUGAAAAUCUACGGCCUCUACUGCGUUAUCAUUUUUUACAAAUGGAAUCUGGCGUUUGCGCAACGGUUGCGAACCAAUGUGAUGGCAGUACACUUCCCGAAACGAGAAAAGAAAAGAAUUUUGUUUUUGUACAAUGAAUGUCUAAAGAAUCGGAAACGUCUCCGCCAAAUGGUCAAGAAAAUGCUGUGCCGUAAAUUGCGUAAUACCGGAUCAGUCGAAGAAAAUCCCCUCCGGAUUUUAGUCAACAGAUUCCCACGGUAUUUCGAUUGGCUGAAAGUUUUGCCCUGUGCAAGGAACAAAUGUUUCAUUUGCAAUAAAGUCGAAUCGUUUGGACGAGAUGGUCGUCUGAUUGACUCCGAUGCAAUUGAAGGUCGGUACUGUAACGACUGCUGUGAAGAAUACGAAGACGUGCUCGAAGAGAUUAGACUGAAAUACUCUUCAGGUUCUGAUUCGGGCAGCUCGCAAGGUACAAGCGAUUCUGAUAGUACAGACUAGCGAAAAUUGCAAUUGAUUUUAAUGGGAAGAAAUGAUAACGGUGCAAAUGUGACAUUCUGAAUUAUAUAGAA